AUGGCUGCCAGACGUCCUGCAGGAGCAGGAACCAACGGCAUGGCCGCAAAGCGCAUACGCAAAGAGAUCGCCGACCUCGCGCGCGAGAACCUUGGUGCAAUCACCCUUACCCCCAACGAGUCCAACAUCUUCCAAUGGCGCGCGACACUCCCUGGUCCCACCGGUUCUCCUUACGAAGGCGGCGUGUUCGACGUUGACAUUCGCGUGCCAGAUGACUAUCCCUUUUCUCCACCCCAACUCCAGUUCCUUACCAAGGUGUAUCACUGCAACAUUGCCCACACGGGUGCUAUCUGUCUUGAUCUCUUGAAGACGGCAUGGUCCCCGGCUCUAUCCCUCUACAAGGUCGUCCUCUCCCUCUCCUCCCUUCUCACCGAUCCCAACCCGGCCGACCCUCUCGUGCCCUCCAUUGCCCAGGAGUACAAGAAGAAUCGCAAAAAGCACGACCAGACCGCCCGUGAAUGGGUCAAGAUGUACGCACUCCCCAGGACCGAGACCAUUGCCCCGCCUCCUCCUGCACCAGAACCAGCUGCCAACCGCGCCUCGGGAUCCCGACCUCGCGCGAUCCAGCGUCCAACAAACGGCGACCCCACACCGCCUCCACAACUGGCUGGUACGCGCCGUUCGGCACCCACCGACGGUGCCGGGUCGCGUGUGGGCGAGCCCAUCAACCUCGCGGACGAUGACGACGAUGUGGAGGUUACGGGCGACAGUGGGCCCAACGGCACCUCGAGCGCACCACGCCGAUCCAAGCGCGCGCGUGUGGGCGAGACGGCCGCAAACGGGGCAAGCACGAGCGGAGGUGCGGGAGGCACGAGCGCAGACGACGUGAUCGUCAUUGACGACUAG